AUGGCCAAGGUGCUCGAAGCACUGACCAAGAUCAAUGCCGACACCGAACGUCUGAACCAGCGAAUUGACACCAUUGAAAAGACAACGAACGCCUUAUCGACAACUUUGUCUACCUCUGCGGCAGAUUCGGCGGCAGCGUGGCGCAACUUCCGAGCCAGAGACUGGCAGCGCGGCCUGGACAAAGCAGCCGCACCGAAUACCCGCGGUAACGGCACAUCGUCUCCCGGGAUACCUGAAAUCGAGCUCCGUGAGGACCGAGAGGUGAUAGUGAAGGUGGGUCCUAAUCGGGAACAGGUCCAGGCUCUAUCACCGAAGGAGCUGGUGGAGCGGGCAGAAAGACAAAGAAUGAUGGUGGCCCGACAGAAGAACUCUGCCGCCCUAUCUGGAGGGGCUAUCUUCGUGGCAGCUCGGAAACUGCCUUCAGGGGAUGUGGUUAUGGUGGCCAACAGUGCUGCGGGGGCUGAGCUCCUCCGUAAGCAUACUGGAUGGUUAAAGGCAUUCGGGCCAGGUUCCGUGGUACAGGAGCCGUCGUGGGGCGUCGUGGCAUACCACAUCCCGGUGAAGUCGAUGAAGAUUACCCCGGAGACGAUGGCUGCAGUCGCAACCGACCUGCUUAAACAGAACGACUGGGGCGAAGGAGCCAGUAUUCAGUAUCUUGGCUGGAUGACGCGACCAGGGGUACGGGCAGAGGGCUCACUCCUGAUCGAGUUCACCAGCCCAGUCGUGGCCAACCAAGCUAUCAUCACUGGCGUCGUCUGGGGGAAGCAAAUCCACAAUGCUGUGCGCUUCUGCCGCGAGGGGCGGACGAAACUAUGCAGAAAAUGCCAAAAGCCAGGGCAUAUCCAGUCACACUGUUCCAACGACUACAAAUGUGGCCACUGUGCCGAGAGGCACCCGACCUGGGAGUGCCUUUCGACACGGGGGCAGGUGAUACCAGUGAAAUGUUCCAACUGCGGCGGCGGGCAUCGCCCGAUCAGCCGGGAAUGCCCGGUGAAAGCCGAGGCAAUGAAAGAGGCAAAACAGGCAUUGGCCGACUGCCCUACAUAUCACCGGAUUCCACUGCACUUCCGUACCAGAGCCAGCGGAGACAAAGCAACACCUCAGAUCAGACCGGACCCUGCCGGAGAGGAUGGCCUGGAUGCAUCUAUACACGCGCCGGAGGAGCCGGAAGGGGCAGAAACUCCUCAACACCCUCCACAGGCUAUAAUCGAUCUGGAACUCGAACCAGCGAGGACAGAGACGUCACCCCAAGUGCUGGUCGAGCCAACAAAGCCCAAGAGAGGCCCGGGUCGCCCGAAGGGUUCCAGGACUAGACCCAGGGAUCAAGCGCCGCCGUCCACGAUGGUAUCGGCAAUCCGCCGGCCGACAAGGAUCCAGACUACCUCUCAAAGAGCCGAAGAGGACAUCAUGGUGUUCAAAAAACGCCGCAUGGGAGAGCCGGAAGACACAAUGGACGAACAGCCGGACGACCGCAAUUGGUUCGACAUCCAUCUCCCGCCAGACGCCCUCCCACAGGACGUCCUCGCACAGGAAGACCCUCACCAGGACGACCCUCACCAGGACGACCGUCACCAGGACGAGCUCGUAGACGAGUUCAUCCGGUUCACCAACGAUGUCACAACUAUCAACGACACCGAUAUCACACCAGAACCCGGUCUGGAGGAUCUAGACCCAGAGAGCCCUGAAUACCGAAAACUCAUCACUCUUAAAUAUAACCGAGCCCGAGCUGUGCUAGUCAGAUCAUCUCCUCCGGUGAUCAUGACCGAUGCACCCACAAUCGAAGACACAAAUGACGAAGUAUGGCACGAGGCCAGCGAGCGGAGUGAUGAUGAACAACCUCCCCAAUGA